UGAGGUGGCCCCAGCCCCAGCCCGGUGUCCGGUUGGCUCGGUCUCUUCACCGGCCAUGAGGCGGAGUGGCCGCGAGGGGGAGGCCUGCGGCGUGUGGCUGGACGCGGCGGCGCUGAAGAGGCGGAAAGUGCAGACACAUUUAAUCAAGCCAAGCACCAAAAUGCCAACACUCUUUCCUGGAGAGAGAAAGGGUAAGAUUUCUUUUACCCAAAGAAGAACUCCACCUGCAGGCAUUUGGCAGACCAGCAUUGCUUCCUUCUUCACCUUGCAGCCAGGAAAGACAAAUGGUGGUGAUCAGAGGAGUGUUUCAUCUCAUAUAGAAAGUCAGAGCAACAAAGAAUCUAAGCAAGACACAACCCAGCAAGAACAUCUGAUCCAGGGCUUGGGGGAUGAUUGCAUGGCAUCCCCUUUAGCCACUUCAACCCCUGCAGACAUCCAGGAAGCUGGACUUGGUCCUCAGUCUCUCCAGGCGUCUGACCACCACAGAAUGGGAACCCCAUCCUUGACUGUGCUGUCUUUGUUCCAGCCUGACACCUUAGUCUGUGCUGGAGAGAGUCAAGACUCACUGGCUUAUUCCUUCACUCAGGACUUGGAAAGUUCUUGCUUGCUGGGCCAAAAGGAGGCAGUGAAGGAUUCUUCCUGGAAAAGGGACUGGCUUCAUGGACCUAAGAAAAAGAACUAUCAGGGUAUGGAGAGACAUAGUAAACCACCUGGGGGCAAGGGCCAUCAGCCCCUGGACAAGACUAAAUUUGAAAAGGUGUCUGCCAAGGAAAACAGAAGGGAUUUCUGGAGCAGAGAAAACACAAAAUCAGUGAAACGAAGCCCCUGUCCUGUUCCUGUGUUUUCUUGGGACAGUGAAAACCAUGACAAGGACUCCUGGAGUCAGCUUUUCACUGAGGAUUCUCAGGGCCAGCGGGUCAUCGCCCACAACUUUAGAGCUCCUUUCCGAGAUGUAACCAACAACAGGAAUCAGGGCUUAGGGCAGUUUCCCAACAGCCCUUGGGCUCAAUGCCAGGAUAGGCCCACUCAGUUAAAUCUGCAGCCUGAUUUGCUCUUUACCCAGGACUCUGAAGUCCAAGCUCUAGUUCGGCAAGACUGUUGCAGAAGGUUUCUAAUUGAGAGGCAGAAACAUCUGCGGUGAGGAAGGCAGCUA